AUGCCCCGACAAGGAGCUGCUGCUGCAGAUUUCGAGGAGAGGAGCCUGAACAAGUGGGCGCGACAACAGGAACACCUCCUGCGCUCGCGCCGGCUGACUGAGGGGCGCGCGCAGGCGCUCCAGAGGUGGAUCCCGUGGGGCGCCGGUCAGAAGGACAGUGUUUGGAACCAGUCUUACGACAGCUUGCGUAACUGGCUCCGUGCGCACGCCAACCGGUGCCCGACGAGAGCGAACAACGCUUCCAAGACAGAGAAGUCUCUGCGUACCUUCGCAGACAACUGCCGCCGUUUGUACACCCGAUCACCGGCCUCCGAUGCAGGCAUUGCCGUUCGUCGGUGCGAGCUCCUGCGCGCUCUGCCGGGAUGGGACACCAUGGGCACGUCCUCGACAUCGCCAGAAGAACUGCGCCUUGCUGGGUGGAUCCAGAGGCAGCGCGCUGCGUACCACUCUGUUCCGCGCCGCGCCGCUGGGCUUCACGACGAUCAACAAGGCUGCGCCUGGGCCUCGGGGUGCGCUGCGCCUCCCGUUGCGAGCUUCGCGGGUCUUCGAUAUUGCUUGACCCAUGACCGCAUACUUCGUGCUGAACGCCCCGCUGUCGCAUCUAUUGCGGACUACAGGGACAGCUUCUUCGUCCCGCACCAGGGGGGCGCCCUCGCGAGCGUCUGUGACCAAUGCGGCUCCCACAACUUCGAGGAAGAGCGGGUGCAACGAGCAAACGCUCGGACAAGCAUGCUCGGGCACUUCAGCAUUUGCUGCCAGAACGGCAAGAUUACUCCUGCCCAGAUCCGGACGCUGCCAUGCCCCCCGCCAGAGCUACUCGACAUUCUGCGGGGCACUUCGCGAACGCACCAAGCAGCGCGAGCCGCCCUCAAGAUGUACAACCACGCUUUCGCCUUCGUGUCCUACGGGGCGUCUUGCUUUGUAGACCAGGCUCCAGGGCGCGGCCCACCUGUUGUGAUCUGCCACGGCACCGUAUACCACAACUCGGGCUACCUGUUCCCCCGGGACGGCGACGCCCCCACGUUUGCCCAGGUGUACCUGUACGACCACAACGAGGCCGUGAAGGCGCGCACGGACAACCCUUAUCAUUCCGGGAUCAACGCCGACAUCGUGGAGCACUUGCAGCGCAUGCUCGACCGGGUCAACCCGUACGUGCACCAGUUCCGACACAUGCGGGACAUCGUUCGCAACCACAACCCCACCAACGUGCAAUUGUGCAUUUCCCAGACGGAGGGCCAGGACAUGCGCCGCUACAACAAGCCCCAAACUUACGAGCCAGCCGUGGUGUUCCGCAGCUCCGACGGCGUGCUUCACGGCACCCGGGCGGCCGCUGUGGCCGCGGGCAGCGAGACCACCUUGACGGCGUGGUUCCGCUUGAACGCAGAGCCGCCCGACGGAUUUACGCCUCCGGCUCGCUCGCUGCAUUACGCCGAGGUGCCGCAGUUCUUCUCCUGGAGCCGCAGCAGUUUCUCGGACCUCGCCACCGUCGUCCAUUCGGACGGCAAUCGCCAAACAUUCUACCAGCGGCGAUGGAACGACGACACCUCCACGUGGGAGAACUCGGACGUGCCAGAUUACCGGCGAGCAUGCGAGGAGCAAGGCUUUGCGAACUCCAGCGACGAGUACGCCCGCUGCAUGGAGGAGGCCGCUCGCCCACGGAGCGCCCCAGCGCUGCGCCGUCUCUUCGCCAUGUUGCUCCUCCAUUGCGAGCUCGCCUCCCCCGUGACCUUGUGGCAGCGAUUCGCGAAUGACCUCUGCGAGGACUUCCAGCGGCACCUCAGCGAGACCGACUCGGAGAACGCAGCGCUUCUGCACGUUCAAGAGGCACUCAGCCAGGCUGGGAAGACGCUGACGGACUUCGGAUUGCCAACGCCCACGGGCCACGACGUCGCGGGCCUGCAGCCCCGAGAUGUUCGUAGGGAAACCGCCUACGACGCAGAAGAGGAAUGGACAUCUGCGCGGUCCCAUCGGUCUAUGAUGAACGACGCGCAAGCGAUCGUGUUUGACCAGGUCGCCGACGCCCAUUCGCUGCUGAACCACCCUUUGUGGCGCGCGGGCGUUGUGGAGGUCCACGCCCUGACGGAGAACAUGCGGGCCAGGGGCGACGCCGAUUGGCAGCGUUUCCUCUUGGACAUCGGAGACGGCCGCGCACCGACCUUUCCGGACAUCCACCCCGAGGCCGUGCGCCUGCCCGACAACAUCGUCGCCCCCAGCCAUUGGGGGCCGGAGGACCUCGCGCGCGCCAUCUACGCCGACAUCGCUGCGUCAGCGGCGAGGUGCGUCGGGGGCGACGUGGCCGCCGAAGACUUGCAGUACUUCUGCGAUAGGGCGAUUCUCACUCCGAAGAACGCGACGGCCGACUCAGUGAACGUCGCUAUAUUGCGCGAAGCUUUCCCGGACACGACCGUCACGUACUACAGCGUGGACGACGUGGACGCCGCGUCGCCGGCGGAGCGGGACCUCUGGCCGACGGACUUCUUGAACAGCCUCACGCCGUCUGGACUGCCGCCCCACGAGCUCGCGCUCGCGCCGGGGGCCCUGGUCAUGUUGCUCAGAAAUUUAGACGCCGACGCGGGCCUGGUCAACGGAGUUCGCGCCAUCGUCGUCCGCGCGCAGCCCCGGGUCCUCGACCGCGGAGCAGUCGUGGACGCCCCAGCGCCUCCUGAGACGCUGUUCCAAACAUGCGCAGCCACAGAGAACGACAAUCCCAGUGCAGAUUCCGCCAACCCCAUGCCCUCAACACAGCUACGAUGCGAGGCCGCCAGCUCAUCGAAGCAGAGGGAGCGAUUCACCGGAUUCUUCGAGCGGCAGCGCGGCGCCCAUUGCGGCAUGCACGCGCUCAACAACGCCCUGGGCUUCGCGCUGCUCGACGAGGGGACCAUGGAGGCAUCCGCCCAUGCAUUCAUCGAGCAUGCCGCUUUAGACGGCCUCCCACAGCGCCUGCGCGACCACAUGAGCCCCUCUGGAGGUUAUUCCGAGGCGGUGCUGGCGUUUGUGCUUCAACGAUGCGGAAACAGUUUCUCCUUGAACCUCAAUGCUCCCGUUCUACCACAGGACGCGAUGAACAUUUUUGCGCCUAACGUGGUCGGGGUCGUGGUAAACCAGAACAACGCACAUUGGAUUGCGGUGAAGGCUGUGUCCGGCCGAAUCUGGAAGUUGGACAGCGCACCAGGUGAUGGACGUAGUGUUGCGGAGCCUGUACUCUGUGAGCUUAGCGACUUCCAGAAGCUCCUGCGCAGACAUCCCACCGCGUACCCACUGCUCGACAUCCGGCCGCGCACGUAG